CCGCCCGGCCCCAAGAUGGCGCCCUAAGGCGGGAGGCGUCCGCUUCCUAUCGAGCCGGUCGCCGCACACACUUCCGGAGGGGACUGGGCCAAUUUCGAGGGAGGGAAAGGGAUUCUCUUAAUAGCGACGGAGAGGAGGAAGGAGCAGCCAUAACAAAGCCAUGUUUUGGCUUGAAACGCACCUGCAAUCUGCUGGUUCCCAGGAUCGCUGACCAAUUGUCAAUGGUAACCUCUGAACGCACCUUGUGAAGAAAACCCUAUGGGAGCUUUGCCAUAGGGAUGCCUUUGGACUGAAAUGAAGGCUCACUGCACUGGAAAGAAUGAGGAAUAAGUAGGAGAAAGACAUAUUUCAAGCGACAUCCUUGGAGGAAAGUGAGGCAUGUGCCGUUAAAAGAGGGUUUGGGGAAAGACACCAGAAGGCUACGGCAGUGUGAAGGCUGAGAAGAGGAAAUCCUGUGAUGUUCACAGAGUUCAUAUCUGUGAACUUUUGGCAUAAUAUUUGAACCAUAAAUUAAAAAGAAUGGAAAAUCUCCAUCCCUGUUCCACAUCACGUACAGGGGAGAAGCUGCAUAAGUGUAUGGACUAUGGGAAACAUCAACACACUCAUACAGGAGAGAAGCCAUAUAUAUGCAUGGAAUGUGGAAAGAGCUUCAGUCGGAGUGGAGAUCUGUGUUGUCAUCAAAGGCCCCACACAGGGGAGAAGCCGUAUCAAUGUGUGGAAUGUGGAAAGAGCUUCGGUUUGAGUGCAGUUUUGUGUUCCCAUCAAAGGACCCACACAGGGGAGAAGCCACAUCAAUACAUAGAAUGUGGAAAGAGUUUCAAUUGGAGUGGAUACUUGUGUUCCCACCAAAGGACCCACACAGGGGAAGACCCGUAUGAAUGCAUGAAAUAUGGAAAGAGCUUCAAUUUGAGUGGACACCUGCAUUCCCACCAAAGGUGUGACACAGGAGAGAAGCCUCAUCAAUGCAUGGAAUGUGGAAAGAGCUUCAGUUUGAAGGUAAACCUGCGUUCCCAUCAAAGGACCCACACAGGGGAGAAGCCAUAUCAGUGCAUGGAAUGUGGAAAGAGCUUCAGUCAGAGUGGACACCUGCAUUGCCAUCUAAGGUCCCACACAGGAGAGAAGCCAUAUCAAUGCAUGGAAUGUGGAAAGAGAUUCAGUCUCAGUGGACAUCUGCGUUCCCAUCAAAGGACCCACACAGGGGAGAAGCCACAUCAAUGCAUGGAAUGUGGGAAGACCUUCAGUCAGAGUGGACACCUUAGUUCGCAUCUAAGGUCCCACACAGGGGAAAAGCCGUAUCAGUGCAUGGAAUGUGGGAAGAGCUUUAGUCAGAGUGGACACCUUAGUUCGCAUCUAAGGUCCCACACAGGGGAAAAGCCGUAUCAGUGCAUGGAAUGUGGAAAGAGCUUCAGUCACAGCGGACAUUUGCAUUCCCAUCAAUGGACCCACACAGGGGAGAAGCCACAUCAAUGCAUGGAAUGUGGAAAGAGCUUCAGUCACAGUCGAGAUCUGCUUCGUCAUCAAAGGACCCACACAGGGGAGAAGCCACAUCAAUGCAUAGAAUGUGGAAAGAGCUUCAGUGACGGUGGAACUCUGUAUCGCCAUCAAAGGACCCACACAGGGGAGAAGCCACAUCAAUGCAUGGAAUGUGGAAAGGGCUUCAGUCAGUGUUCACAUCUGCGUUCUCAUCAAAGGACCCACAAACGCCUAGAGGAAGAGACCUGCCUUUGAGUUUCCUAGUCCUGCUAAAAAAAAUCUCCCAGACAAGGGUCCCAUCCCCCUAAAGGCAGGCAAAAAAUGGAAGAAAAGAAGCAAAGAGGAAGUCUGCCACCUUAGUCUCUAUCUGUCAUGGACCAUAUUCUGUGUGGCCUGACUCUAUUGCUGCUGGGGGCAGGUCUCCCACAGAGGAAGACUCUUCUCAGUAUUGCAGCCAUUUGUGAAGGGGUUAACCUGACUUCUUCCUCCUCAGGGAAAGUAUCAUAGACUUCUGGGAUGAUCUGUGAAAACUUCCUGAAAUGAGGACCUGAGUUCUUAUGAUAAAAGGGUUCUGGAAAAGACUAGCUCUUUGGGAGUAGAUAUCAGCAUACCUCUGGACUGUUGUCCUGGAUCUUGAAUCCACUGCCUCGGUUUCAUUUCUGGACUCUGGCCGUGCUCCUGUAACCCUGAUUUGGACUCUGUUGUAUCCUGAAUCAUUGACUCUUAAGUUCUGGACUGACUUCUUGGCUUGAUUUAUGGACUUCGGUUUGGAUAUCUGCCUAUCCGGCUUGACUUUUGAACUCUGACUUUGAUUUGUAUUCUUGCAUUCUUAGUUGUUAUAUUAUGAACUCUGAUGAAUGAACUCCUGGCACCUGACAGUUGGACUGUAACCUUGGCUGUUGCUUAUUCUUGUUCCUUAUCUAUCUCCAUAGUACUUGGCUUGUCUGCAUUAACUGGACUCUUAACCUCGCUUUGUAUGCUGUCAUUGUAUGUUCUUUUGGUCAUGGGUGGUCUGUGUGCUAGGUCUGGUCCAGGUCCGUCAUUCGUGGGGGUUGCAGUGGUCAGUGGGAGGUGAAUUGGGUGAAGGUACUGAAUAUCCCAUUGUCUGUGGUCCACCCUCCCCCAAACCGCACCAGGUUGUGAAGUGGGUCAUGGGUCUGUGUGGCAAGUUUGGUCCUGGUCCGUGGGGGUCGCAGUGGACUGUGGGAGGCAAAUCAGGUGAAGGUACUGCAUCUCCGUGGUCUGUCUUCCCCCAAAAUGCACCAGGACGUAAAGUGGGUCAUAGCGGUCUGUGUGGCAAGUUUGGUCCAGGUCCAUCAUUGUUUGGGGUCACAGGGGUCUCUGGAACUGCAAAUCCCAUCAUCCAUGGCAAGUAUGGUCUAGAUCCAUCAUUGGUUGGGUUCACAUCUAAGAAUGCCCCCUGCAAUGCUCCUUAGGAAGUCAUUCUUUAAUUUUCGUACACUCACCCAAUUUGUAGCCUUUUCCCAAGAUAGGAAGUGACCCCCAACCACUUCCUGUUUGCUAAAAUGGCCCACAUUGGCCAAGAACCACUCUCCUUGCAAGGUCAUUCAUUUAUUCCUCAUUUUAAAGUCUUUUUCAAAACAGGAAGUGGUCUGGAGUCAUUCCUGUUUUCUAAAAAUGGUCCAAAUUGGUAAAAAGUCAUCCAAAAAUGCCCCCUUUCCACAUUCCUUAGGAAGUCUUUCUUCGAAAUUGCCCAAACUGGCCACGGGCAAUUCAAAAAUGCCCCCAGGGUCUUUAGGAGGUCAUUCGUCAAUUUCCUUAAAAUUGCCCAAAUUUCAGGCUUUUUCCAAGGAAGGAAAUGGUCAAAGGCGGUCCAAAAAUGCCCCCUUCCCACAUUCCUUGGGAAGUUUUUCUUCAAUUCCUCAGGAUAGCUGACAAUUGUAGGAAGUGACCAAGGACUUUUUCCUGUUUGAGAAAAACCACCCAAAUUGGCCAAAGGUCACACCCUUUAGCAGGUAGUUCCGCAAUUCACCCAAUUUUAGACUUUUCCCCAAAACAGGAAGUGACCUGGAUCCACUUUCUGUUUGCUCAAAAUCCUUACCUUUGGUACUGAAGGCUGAGGUCUUGAGAGAGUGCAACGGCGUCAAUUGAAUCUGGGCCGAAGGGCUCCUGGGGAUUAAAAUAUAUGUAUAUAAAUAUAAAUUUAUUGGGGUGAAAAUAUAUAUAAUAUGCAUAUUAUAUUAAAGUAUUAAGUUAAAAUAGAUUAAAUUAUAAUAAAUACUAGCUUUGGAACCUGGAGGUGCCUGGGUUAUUUGAGAAAGACAUUGUUUGUUUUUGGAUGUGAGGUAAUAUAACUUACCACUAUUUAUAAGAAAA